CGACAUGCAGUAAAUGAAGAGGAAGGUGAACCGAAAAGCAGCAGUUUAGAACGAAGAAUUCCAAAUGACUUAAAUUUGCACAAAAACGCGAUAAAUUCUUAAUUAGACUAAUCGAAAACGCAACGCUUGCGUGUUAACAAAUAGAAAUAACUAAAUUUUAUAAAAAUAUUAAAAUUAAAACGACGCGAAUUCGAACGAAACCAAAGUGCUUCACAUGAAAUAGUGAAAAUAUAAUUUCUCUGCUGCACGACUACGACGACGAAGCAAAAAAUAAAAAGAAAGGCAAAGAUAAAAAUAAGAAUCUGUGACAAGCGCUGGAGCAGAUAUCCAAAUCCAAUCAUAUCGGUGUUAACGCGUGAUAUGGAAACGGAUUUAACGAUAUAUAAACAGGGAGGCACAAUUUUUUGCGAUCGAAUUAUAAUAAAUUUAUGUAUAUAUACUACAUACGUAUAGAGAGAAGGUUAACCGCAGUAAAACAAGACGACAUUAUCCAAGAAGAAUAAGCCCAAAACGGAGUUGGGAACAAAAAACAGAGCUCAGUUACUGCUGUCUGGUCAUAAGAGCGGUUGGACGGAUAGGUCAGUCCACAGCGUCAGUGGGAAAGACUGAUUGCGUAUACUCCAGCGAGUUUCACGCGCCGUGCCUUAGCGGCGCUAAAACCCGAAUGGCUGCUCACAAGCGGAGGCACAGAACACAUACCACAUAUACAAUAUCGUCUGGCGUUAGAGGACACUAGACAACCUCUCCCGCUUUGGCUCUACUUUUUGUUAUUUUUGUCUUUCGAAUAGCACUUGUUAACUACUUAUAUGCCAGCGCACCGUUUAAGUAAUAACGAGCAAUCGCCACUGCAAACUAAACCAAUGCUCUCCAUCAACGAGGAGCAACAGCAUACGGAAGCGUUGCACGCAACACAGCGUAACCAAAUCGAUGGCAAUGGCGAGGUGUAUCAUGCUAAUGGCAAUGUCAGCGGCACGAGCCAACAACAGCGCCAGCAAACUGCUAGCAGCAACAACAGCAGCGCACACGAAACACCACAUUUGCCGCCAUUGCCUGACGGGCCACUAUGGUCGGUGCUAUACGAUUAUGAUGCGAAAGGCGAAGAUGAGCUUACGCUGCGACGCGGUCAAAUUGUGGUGGUGCUGUCAAUGGAUAGCAAUAUUUCAGGCGAUGAGGGCUGGUGGACGGGCAAAAUCGGUGAUAAGGUCGGCAUUUUCCCCAGUAACUUUGUGACAGACCAGGAUCCUAUGCUGCCAGAUGUACCUUCAGCCAUUGGCGAUAUACAACCACAGGAAAUCGACUAUGCCGAACUUGAAGUGGGCGAAGUGAUUGGUGCUGGUGGCUUCUGCAAAGUUCAUCGUGGAUAUUAUAACGGCGAAGAGGUUGCGAUUAAAGUAGCACCGCAAGCUGGACCCGACAUUGAGUCAAAUCGCGAAAAUGUGCUGCAGGAGGCGAAACUAUUCUGGGUCGUCAAACACGAAAAUAUUGUGGCACUGCGCGGGGUCUGCCUAAAGCCGCCGGAUCUCUGUCUGGUAAUGGAGUAUGCCCGCGGCGGCAGUUUAAAUCACAUUCUAGCUCGUGGCAAAAUACCACCCGAUGUGCUGGUCAACUGGGCGAUACAGAUUGCACGGGGCAUGAAUUACCUGCACAACGAAGCGCCCAUUUCGAUCAUACACCGCGAUCUGAAAAGCUCAAAUGUGCUCAUUUUGGAAGAAAUCAUCGGAGGAAACUUGAACAACAAAAUGCUGAAAAUCACUGACUUUGGAUUAGCCCGCGAACUUUACAACACAACACGCAUAUCAACGGCGGGCACUUAUGCCUGGAUGCCACCGGAAGUGAUAAAAAGCAGCACUUACUCCAAAUCAUCGGAUGUUUGGAGCUAUGGAGUGCUGCUGUGGGAGCUCAUUACAGGCGAAACGCCAUAUAAAGGUUUCGACUCGUAUUCAGUUGUGUUUGGCAUUGCGGUAAACAUGCUGACGCUGCCCAUACCGAAGACUUGCCCGGAGGCGUGGGGAAAACUCAUGAAAAGCUGCUGGGAGAAUGAUCCUCACAAGCGUCCGGGUUUCAGAGACAUACUGACAAAGCUCGAAGAUAUUGCACGUUCAGGUUUCACACUAACACCACAGGAGUCAUUCAAUACUAUGCAAGAUGGCUGGAAAAAGGAAAUAGCCGAGGUGCUGCACGAGUUGCGCUUGAAAGAAAAGGAAUUGCGCACCAAAGAGGAACGCUUGAAUCGUGUUCAAAGCGAACAGGACGAACAGGCCAUGAAUCUCAAACGAUUCGCCGAGCAUUUGAAGCUGCGUGAAAUGGCUUUAAUAGGUCGAGAGCUUCAAAUUGCACAACAAACACCCACACCAAAUCGUAGGCGUGGCAAAUUCAGUAAAGUGAAACUCAAGCUUCUUAAAAAAAACGAAGUGCAAAUUUCACUUCCAACAGAUUUUCGGCACACAGUGACGGCGAUACACGACAAACCAUUGACUGAUACCCCACCUGGUUCGCCAGCCAUUUCCCAGCUGCGCAUUGUGGCACUUACACCGCCUCAGUUGCCACCCGACGGUUAUAAAGGCAAGACGUGGGGCCCCUCGACGGUGCACCAGCGCGAGCGUCCCCACCUGCCUGCACUACUUGCCACCGAAUGGCCCAGCCCAGCCUCGACGAACUCUUUGUUCAGCAAGAGUGCGCCCAAUCUCGACAAGAAGGCCGUACGGCCCAAUCAGCUCCACUACGUGCAUCAUAACCAUCAACAUCAGCACAACCACCACCACCAUUCGCUUCAUCACCAUCAUUCGCCGCACCAUCAUCGGCUCCAACAUUUGCCGUCGCAUCAUUCGCACGCUCAUCAUAUCGACUACAAAUUCGGCUCGAUGCCGUGCUCCCCCACUUCGCCGACGUAUGCAUCCGAUGCUUGCAUCGGCUACAACGAGUCAGGCUACAAUUCUAAAGACUGGUGUUCGCCAAUGCAUGCGCUGCCCGCCGCUGUUGGCGCAGGCAGCACAAUCGUAGAUGCCCCGCUGCCCAUUAUGUCACCGAAUCCCUACCUGCUCAGUCGCUUCACUUCCAACAUCCCCAUGCCGACGCUUUAUGCAGGUGAUGCGGUGCGCAAGCCGAAGCUCUCCGUCAUCGAGGUGUUGCUCUACAAUAUGGCAGCGCUGUUGGCUGGCGUUGCCGCUGGCUAUGAUGUACGCAUCUCAAAUGUGUCGCCAGUGCAUCCGUCGCUGCUCAGCGAUGUGCCCGCAUUGAAGGCGCCCAUGGAAAUGGAGUUUCCGAAUGUUUUGGAUGACCGCAGCCGCUUUGCCGCCAGUACUUAUCAUGGCACCGGCAAGCAUAAUCGCGCAACACUGAAUGCCGCCACUUUCGCCCGUCUGGAGGAACAGCGCGCUUCCCUGCAUCAAAGUCCUCGCGGUUCGCCGAAAGCGCAUGCCACAUCAACCUAUUACUUCCAAAAGCUUGCGCUGCCUCAAGUGGCAGUCGAAGUCGGUAACAAACUAACGCAUCAACAACAGCAAAAGCAAACGCUACAGCAUCAGCAGCUGCCAUUGACUGGCUCUACUACCAGCGGCUUAGGCUCGAAUUUCACCAAUAACACCUCGGCACUGCUUUCGUCAUCGUUGGGUAGCCAUACGCAGCCGCCAACGCCCUCGCCGCGCCGAAAAAUUAGCACCUCUUCGUUUACGGAGCAGCUCGAGUAUUCAAUGCAUGACGAUACUCCACUAACGCGACCCUUUGACGAUGAUUUUCACAUUGGCGGCGGCAUGGCACCACCAACAACACACUACACGCGCGCCGAUUACCUGCGUCAUGGACCUAGCUUCUCCAACGAUGGCGGCGCCUAUGGCGCAGGUGUGCACCGUGCAGACUACUUCGGUUCCAACUACUUUCCGUAUCGGCCAGAGAUACAGUUAGCGUAUCAGCGCGAUUGCAAAUCUUAUCCCGACUACUCUUACGACUACAAUCAUCGUCUACCUAAUUACUACGACUACAACUACGAUUCACAGCACAACAAGCAACAGCAAGCAACGCCAAAGCAUCAGCAGGCGCAGCAGCACUACCAAACGCGCACACCGCCGCCGCGCGUUCCCCAAAUGGGGGUCAGUGCUGCUGGCCAUCGGCGCACACCCUCGACCAUCUCAAGUAGCUCGAAUAUCAACCAAGGAUUAUCUUUUGAUCACGAAGAGUUGCAUACCGCCGAUUUGUAUGAUUACAAAAAUCUGAAUUUACAAUUGAAUAUAAAUGUAGGAGCCGGUGGCGCAAAUGUAAGUAGCGCUCCAGAUUAUGCGCAUUAUCGUGAACUGCCAACCCUACCGUCUGCACCAAUCGGCGUAGUACCGCCGCCUAGCAAGCACGAGCUCUACAAGAGCUCGCCUAAAAUGACGCAACGCUUGAAGCGCGGCACAAGCGGCAGCAUGGGUGGCGAUACAGGGGGCGGCUUGAAUCGCAUACGCGACUAUGAAAAUAUGCCCGCAUACAUUGGCAGUCCACUGCAUAGACCCAAGUUUCACAACACAUUGACGCAGCAACAGCACCUACAACAGCUACAACGCGAGCGCGAACAGCAGCACCAGUCGCUCUUUAGUACUCCGCAGUGCAGUCUUUACACGCACACAGCUCACGCGCAGAUGGCGCCAGUUAGUCCGUUGCACAUAAAACCGCUAGGCGUCCAGGAGCGACCGGCUUCACUACCUUUUGAGCAAACAAUAACAACGACACUGGGAGUUAACGGCAACGGGGCGAGCAAACUGCGUUCAUCGCUGAAAAAAUACAAUUACAAGACGCCAAACGGCACUGCCACGGCCAACACGACAGGGAAUGCUCCCGAUAUAGGCGUCAACACAGGCAGCGGCAGCGGCAGCGCCAAACGCCCAGGCAGCAUUUCUUCACAGCAGGGCACGCCCACCAACCCGACGCCACCUGAUUCACUUACCAGUGACGACAGCUCGUAUCUGAGUGCCAAAGAGGGUUCCAUUUCAUCGCAACACAGUCGUGUGCGUUUCAGCCCCGAAGCGUUUCUAGACGCCAGCAGCGGUAAUGGAAGCCUCAAUAACAGCAAUAGUAACAAUGGUGGCGUCGGUAGCGCGAGUGGCUACAUUAAUCAAUCGACAAUAUCGCUCUUCAAUCGACGCGUAUCACGACGCCACACCAGCGACAUGUCCGCUACCACGCCACCCUCCUCCUAGCAGGGCAGCGCUGCACGUUUUCCAAUCACUGCACUGCAACUGGCGCGCAGUCCUGGCGCGUUGGUCGGCAGUUCUUUGUCAUUGAAUUCGCCACAACAGCAACAAAUGUCCGUCUCGGCGCAACACUCAAUGCAACAGCUGCCGUAUCGGUGGUACUCCGGCGCACGACGUUCUCGUUCCGCGCAUUACGAGUACAGAUUGUAAGAGAACGAAUUGGUGGAUGUCAGAGCUCAAAAAAAUAUUUGAAAAGAAAUAAGAAAGGGGAGAAGACAGGAGUUAUGAAGGGCACAAAUUGGUUAGCUUCGGUUAGCUGUCAAAAUAAGUAAUUUAUGCCACUUCUAAACGAAAGCUUGAAUUAAGCGGAAAUUCCGGAACUUCCCCGCUCCGCUUGUCUACAGUUAAGUAUUGUAAAGUGCCGCUUUAGCGUUUCUAGGGCAACAACUCUAAAAUUUUCGGUUUCCACUUUCUACAUAAAUAAUCACAACAUUUUCGCAUUCAACCAAAGCGAAUGUGCAGACAAUCUUAGCGAACAGUGUAGGGUACAGGUUUUUCAGUCUUAACUACCUUUCAAUACGAAGUAGUAUUCAAAUAGCGUUAAAACAUAGAACAACAUACAUAUAUAAAUACAUCUGAGCACAGUUAUUAACAUCGCAGAUCCACUUUUUCAUUUCACCAGCCGGCAGGAAAAGCUUACCUUGCAAGCAACAUCGCAGUAACCGCUUUUUUGGUAAAUUCUUAGCAAAUUGAAUUGAAUCAGAGCUCAGCGACAUUUCGAGCACUCUAAGAGGCUGCAUCGGCCUCACUACAAGAACUAUUUAGGGAACAUAGUAUUGGUUUACUAUUCGCAUCCAUAAUAAGCAAUGUGCUGAAUUUAAAAUUAAAAAUAAUCUGCUGAAAAGCUGAAUAGCAUUCGAUGAAAGGCGAGAAGAAAAUUGCGCUGAAAUUUACAGCUAAUAAGAAUAUUUUAAAAGCUAGUGCAAGAUUUUCGAACAAAUCUUUAGUAAAUUUAUAAUCAUACUUGUAAAUAUAAGGCGCUGAGUUGUAGCUAAGUGUGCUUAAGAAAGCUGAAUAAUGUUGAAAUGGAAUUUGUAUGUAAAUAUAAAAGACAACGCGAAAAAUAGUGCUCCAAAGCAGAAGCUGAAUAUAGCUAGUUCUUGAUUAUAACGCCAAUUAAGCAAGAAUAUGGGCAGUCUAAGCCAGAAACAACUGGCUGGUUAGCGCAAUGACACGCUGAAUACUUUAAAGUAACGCUGAAUGGCAGUUAUAUGCGCCAAAUUAAAGUAAGUAGCAACAAAAGUGUAAUGUGAAUAAUAAAAAUUUGAGAAAAUAGCACACGAAGCAAUUUCCACAAGCAAAUGGAUUAACUUUAAUAGUAAAAAUCGAAUUAAACGAUGUUUCAACGGCUCAGUACUCCAAAUAUGCCAAUCUAUCCCUAAUCACUUCAUUAGUUUUACCAAAUAAUUACAUAGCAAUUAAUAGCAAAAAUACAUAAUAAACGCUAAGCUUUUGUACAUACAAACAUACAUAGAAAGAUUGAUACUAACCAGAAAGUAUUUGAAUUUUUUUAUUUUAAAAAGCAAAUCAAUGCUUAUAAGUUCGGUCAUUGGAACCCCCAAAAAAAAUCACAAAAAUGGACUCAUAGCGGCUUACCAAUAAGAGAACGUAAAGUCGACUAUAAAAUUUUAUGUAAUUGAUGCCUUAACAAGAAAAUUAAAAAAAAUGUCAAACUUAAACAACAAAAAAUCAUAACAAAAUAUGUGUAUUUAUUUUGGAAUUAAAAAACGAUAAUAUUGCUAUAAUCCAUACAAAAACAACAAAAAACGAAAUUCCCUGAUUCAUAUGUAUUCUUUGGAGCGUUUGCAUUUGAAUUUUAAUUUAGAAAUUUAGAAAUUUGGAAAUCAAGAAUUUGUAAGUUCUUCUUCAUCUUUAUAUACUCAGAAGAAGAAUAAGGUGCAUAAAUUUAAGGCUGAUGUAAUUUCAUAAGUGUAUGUAUAUGUAUGCAUUACCGUUAUGCAAACAAUAAACAAGCGAACCAGCAAGGCAAACAAGUAUGUUCAUGAAUUUAUAUUCGAGAACUUGAAAAAAACAAUCAGGCGUACCUAGUACAGUCAACACUCGGUAGCUUGAACACUAAUUUGGAAAAAGAGGAUAAACAUUUUUAAUUAGGCGUGAGAAAAUAAAUUUUGUUUUUCAUUUGAUUGAAGUUCGAGUUAUCGGUGCCUGACUGUACUUGCAAAAUUAUAGCAUAAAAGAGCUUGAAUUGCUGCUGCUUUCUUAAGCGAACAAGGAAAUGCUCUAUACAUUCCAAUAUUAGUAUUAGCUCAUAAAAUACCGUUAGCGAUAGUUUACGCUUGAAUAGGCUACAGUUUUCUGUAAUGAAUGAGGAAUGAAGGUCGGAGAUUUAUCAAAAUUUUAAUUUUUUAUUAAUCAUACAGCACUUGGCCUCCAAAUGUGCGAGAUAUUUGGUCAGUAAAAGUUUAAAAAAAUAUUUUUUUCACAAGAAAGGUAAAAGCUAAAAUAAUAUGGCUCGUCGCACUUUCCUAAAGCAACAAAAGUAUUUAUUACAUAUAAAAUAAACUCCCGUUAAAAAUAAUACAGAAAUAAAUAAGGAAGCACAUAAAUAAGAUGCUUAAGGGGUCCCGGUGGUCUAGAGCUCGAAAAUUUAGGGUAUUUUCAGGAAUUUUUUUUACAAUAAAAAAAUUAAAAACGAUAUUUAAAUUUUUUAGGCUUUUUAUUUAACUUCUUUUACAUACAAAAAUGAAAACAAAGUAUUUUUUUAAUUUUAAUAAUUUAAAAAAUGGCGCUGAAGUUGACCCUCCCGAAAAAUUGGACCUGGAUGGUGUUAUACAUUUUGGCUCUUCUAUUUAUCUGAAACCCAAAAACCAAAAAAUGAUUAACCAGUAUGACUGUAGAAAAAAAAAAUGGAACGAAAUGGCACGGUUUUCAAUUUGACUCUCUAAAAAUCGUUUUUUUCCAGUUUUUUAAUAAAAAAAUAUGAAAAAAUUUAAAUAAUAAUAUGGUUCUAGUACGGGCGAUAACCAUUGAUGUUGUGAAAAAUAUAUUAAAAUUUCAGACGAUUCGGUUGAAUAGUUUUCUUUUCGUUUUUUGAAAACACGUGGCCGAAAAAUGUCGUUUCGAGAUAAAUGAGUUUAAAGUUUGAGGCGCAGAAGCACGCGGGCCGCUCUCUGCCUAGUUAAUGGGCUGUAGAAGCUAUAAUAUUGGGAAUUUCUGCAUGAAAAUUUCACAGUAUAUUCUUAAGACUAUGCUUUCGAAAUAUUGAAAAAACAAAAAAUCGAUUUUUUGAAAUUUCUAGACCACCGGGUCCCCGUAAGAACGAAGCGAAACUCACAAUCGGUGUCGAAAAAUUGUGCACGCCACUGACUGAAAAGACUGCGGAAGUGAGUGAAAAGGAGCAGUAUUUUGCGCUGCUUGAAAUUUGAAACAGCCGACUAAGGCACGAAAAAAACUAGCUGGUAAUUGAAAAAUUCAAUUAAUCAUUAACAGCGCGCGAGUUUAAAAAUGAAUGCAAUACGAGCGCGAUGGAGGGGUAAGCACUAAACGAAGGUCACUUGCAGCCGGGCCACAGUGGGGCUCCUGAAUAUCUGAGUCAUCCGAUAUCCCGACCGAAUAUCGAAACAAAAUUAUUUACGCGCUUGCGAAUGAAAAAGGGGCGUACAAAGUAUAAGUCGCUUACGCUCGGUUGCAAGAAAAACUCGCAAGCAGUCCGAAUAUUUGCAUUAUUAUUAAAACGCAUGGAUUGGUAUACGCGAGCGAAAAUGAAGCGCGGGUAAAGAAGGUCGCAUACACCUUAAAAGCCUACGAGACCAACAGGCAGCGUUAAAAACAACGUGGAAGCAUUGCGCGCGCGAGUCUUUGGAGCGAUAAAACGCGCGCUGUUGCGUGGAGUUGAAUUCCCCAUUCCUAUCAUACCACUUAUUUACAUAUAUAUAUACAAAAAUUAAUAAACUGAAGUUUGCUUUUUUAAAAACCGCGCUUCCCCUCGCUAGUUUCCUUGUCGCUAAGAAAAAACUAAUUUCUAAGUGAAAGUUGUUUUACAGUCAGCCUUGGAAUGCAUUCAUUGAAAUUAGUUGUAAAGGGCUUGCAUACACACACACACUCGUGAGUGUGUGCGUUUAUUAUUUCAUAUGUAUUAGCUAUACUUGUACUAAUGUAAUUAUAUAAAUAUUUUGCCAAAAACAAUUAAAAAAAUGAUUAUGUACAUAUAUCACGUUAUUUUAUAAGAUCGCUUCUUAUGCUUAGCCAAUUGUUAAUUGAACAGCAAUUACAUAUAUAUACUCGUAUACGGAUGUAUGUGUUAAUGGGCGUUUCUUUUACUCAUAACCACAUAUACGUAUACAAAUCAUGCAUAAACACAUCCACAUAUACAUACCUAUAACACAAAUAUACGUAGCUAAUUGAAAGUAUAAACCAAUUCAAAAUGUUUGUAAGCUUAUAACCGCAAUUUCAUGCAGAAAGCGUUGGAAAUUGUUUUAUUAAAAGAUUUUUAAACAAAAUGCAAAAUUUUCCAGCCUACAGUUAUACACAAUUGUAAUGAAACAAAUGACACGCAGUUUAUUUGCAUGCAUGGAAAAUAGCAGUGCAAACGGUACCCUAGACGAGUACAUCUGUAUGUUUCAUCAUUAUAU